GAAUAUAAAAAGGAGGGAGCGGCAGUGCAACAGUCGACAUUGUCAGCAGAACAGAAUCAGCGAGGAGGAUGAGUAGGACUCCAUUGUGGCUGCUGGCCUGGCUGGCCUUUGCCUCUGUCACCUCACUGGUUUAUGGAGCUCCACUGAAGGUGAUGUCUGCCCCCAACUUGCUGCGCGUAGGAACGGCAGAAAAUGUCUUUGUGGAGUGUCAAGACUGUACAGGAGGAGACAUCAGUGUCGACAUCAACGUGAUGAACCAUCCAACCAAGAGCAAAAGGCUGGCAACCACAUCUGUGAUGCUUACCAGUGCAGGACACUUCCAGGGACUGGGACAAAUCAGGAUCCCUGCUAGAGACUUUAGCAAGGACCCCAAAGUGAAGCAGUACGUCUACCUGCAAGCUCAGUUCCCCGACCGCCUGUUGGAGAAAGUCGUCUUGGUGUCCUUCCAGUCUGGCUACAUCUUUAUCCAGACAGACAAGACCCUCUACACCCCAAACAGUAAAGUUCAUUUCAGGAUGUUUGCAGUGACGCCCGGCAUGGAGCCGGUGGAGAGGGACGAGCAAAUUCAAAGCGAAGCUUCAAUUUCCAUAGAGUUUGUGACUCCUGAAGGCAUCGUUUUACCUCUGGAUCCAGUCUCUCUGAAAUCAGGGAUCCACUCUGGAGAUUUCCAACUUGCUGAAAUUGUCAGUCCUGGACUUUGGAAAGUUGUCGCUAAGUUCCACAGCAACCCACAGGAGAGCUUUUCUGCAGAGUUCGAGGUCAAAGAAUAUGUGCUGCCCAGUUUUGAGGUGAAACUGACGCCUUCGAGCUCCUUCUUCUAUGUCGACAGUCCAGAUCUCACCAUCAACAUCAAAGCUACUUAUCUGUUUGGUGAAGAGGUGAGUGGCACAGCAUACGGGGUAUUUGGGGUUCAGCAUAAUGGUCAGAAGAUAAGCUUCCCCAGCUCUCUUCAGAGAAUAUUGAUCCAGAAUGGUAAUGGGGUGGUCCAACUGAAGAGACAGCACAUCACACAGACCAUCCCGAAUAUCAAUAAACUGGUGGGGAGUCCGAUAUUUGUAGCCGUCAGUGUGCUGACAGAGAGCGGUGGUGAGAUGGUGGAGGCAGAGUUGAGAGGUAUCCAGAUUGUCACAUCACCCUACACCAUCCACUUCAAGAAAACACCCAAAUUUUUCAAACCGGGAAUGACCUUCGAUGUUGCGAUUGAAGUCACAAAUCCAGAUGGAACUCCGGCACAAGAUGUUGAAGUGGUGGUGAAUCCAGGUCAGGUGCAGGGUAUAACCGCAGCAAAUGGCUAUGCAAAGCUUACAGUCAACACAGUGGCCAGAGAUCAAAGACUGACGAUAAAUGCCACGACCAAAGAUGAUCGUAUCUCACCUGAGAGGCAAGCAAAAGCCACCAUGACAGCUGAUAAAUACAACACUAAAAGCCAAAACUACAUCCACAUAGGGGUGGAUGCAGCAGAGCUGGAAUUAGGAAACAAUCUGAAAGUCAGCCUUUAUCUAAAAAAGCAAUCAACUCAAGACAGUGACAUCACAUACCUGAUUCUGAGCAGGGGUCAGUUGAUCCAAUAUGGCCGUUACAAGACAAGAGGUGAAAUGUUGAUUGCCCUGAGAGUUCGCAUCACCAAAUACAUGCUGCCAUCAUUCCGCAUCAUAGCCUAUUAUCAUCUAACUGACAAUGAGGUGGUGUCAGACUCUGUGUGGGUGGAUGUCAAGGACACCUGCAUGGGCUCGCUGAAGCUGGAAUCUACAAGAGCCGCUCCGUCCUACGAGCCGCGCAGGAUGUUUGGUCUGAAGGUCACCGGAGAUCCAGGCGCCUUGGUGGGACUGGUAGCAGUGGACAAAGGUGUCUACGUUCUCAAUAACAAGCACCGCCUCACCCAGAAAAAGGUGUGGGACAUUGUAGAGAAAUACGACACAGGCUGCACACCCGGCGGAGGGGAGGACGGUAUGAGUGUGUUCUAUGAUGCCGGCCUGUUGUUCGAGUCCAGCACUGGCUCCGGGACUCCCUACAGACAAGAGAGGAAAUGUCCGGUCCUCACCAGGAGAAAACGAUCUCCCACUAUAAUGCACGUCACGACCAGCUUAGUGAGUCAUUAUACCGAUGAACUGCAGCGUGAGUGUUGUUUGGAUGGCAUGAGGGAGACCCCCCUGUCAUACACUUGUCAGACGCGCAGUGAGUACAUCUCGGACGGUGCAUCCUGUGCUGAGGCUUUCCUGCACUGCUGCACAGAGGUGGAGAACCUGCGAGGCGAAUUGAAGCAGGAUCAGCUCGACUUGGCCCGCAGUGAGGAGGACGACAACAGUUACAUGGACAGCAAUGAAAUUGUUUCUCGCACCAAGUUCCCUGAGAGUUGGCUGUGGUCAGACAUCAAACUGCCUCCUUGCCCACAACAAACAUCGGACUGUGACUCCACAUCCUUCGUGAAGAGCGUUCCUUUGCAAGACUCAAUCACAACCUGGCAGUUCACUGGCAUCAGUCUGUCAAGAACCCGCGGAAUCUGCAUUGGCGAACCAUUGGAAGUGAUUGUCCGGAAGGACUUCUUCAUCGAUCUCAGACUGCCCUACUCUGCUGUCCGUGGAGAGCAGCUGGAAGUAAAGGCGAUCCUCCACAACUACAGCCCUGAUGUUAUCACAGUGCGUGUGGAUCUGCUUGAGGAGGAGCAUGUGUGCAGCGCGGCUUCUAAACGUGCAAGGUAUCGUCAGGAGGUCAGAGUCGGGCAGCAAACCACACGAUCUGUCCCCUUCGUCAUCAUUCCCAUGAAGGAAGGACAAUUCAGCAUUGAGGUCAAAGCAGCUGUUAAAGAUUCAUCACUCAAUGAUGGAGUCAAGAAGAUGCUGCGGGUGGUGCCAGAAGGUGUUCUGGAUAAAAAGCCACAGAUUAUAACACUAGACCCCUCUAAGAAAGGUGUCGGAGGUAAACAAGUGAUAACUAUCAAUAGUGGAAUUCCAAGGAAAGAUUUGGUUCCGAACACACCUACUAGCACACAGAUUUCUGUGACAGGGAUGGAAAACCUUGGUCCAAUGGUAGAGAACGCAAUUAGUGGGCAGUCGAUGGGUAGUCUCAUCUUCCAGCCUUCAGGCUGCGGAGAGCAGAACAUGUACCGAAUGACCCUACCACUCAUUGCAACCACUUAUUUGGACAAAACCAACCAGUGGGAGGCUGUGGGCUUUGAGAAACGAAACACAGCCCUCCAGCAUAUCAAGACAGGCUACAACAACGAGCUUGCCUUCCGUAAACCUGAUGGCUCUUUUGCUGUGCACGUCGAUCACCAAAGUAGCUCUUGGCUGACAGCAUACGUUACCAAGGUGUUCGCCAUGGCCAGCCGUCUGGUGGCAGUGCAGAGCUACGUGAUCUGUGAUGCUGUGAAGUUCCUGAUUCUCAACACGCAGCGACCCGACGGCGUGUUAAUAGAAGUCGGAAGGGUGUACAGCGGAGGGAUGUUGGGUGAUGUGCUUGGCUCCGAUUCAGAUGCCUCCAUGACGGCCUUCAUCCUCAUCGCCAUGCAGGAGUCACGGACUAUAUGUGCUGCCACUGUUAGUAGUCUUCCAGGCAGUGUAGACAAAGCGGUGCAGUUCCUGGAGGGGCGUUUGGCCAGCAUCACCAACCCAUAUGCUGUUGCCAUGACAUCGUACGCCUUGGCCAACGAAGGGAAACUGAACCGAGAAGUCCUCUUCAAGUUCGCUUCUCCAGACCGAUCCCACUGGCCUGUAGUUAAGGGACAUAUUUACACACUGGAGGCCACAGCUUACGCUCUUCUGGCUCUGGUCAAGGUCGGGGCCUUCGAAGAAGCCCGACCUAUUGUGAGAUGGUUCAACAAACAAAAGAAGGUGGGCGGAGGAUUUGGAUCAACUCAGGCUACCAUCAUAGUGUACCAGGCUGUAGCAGAGUACUGGGCCAAUGCUAAAGAACCAGAGUACGAUCUGAAUGUGGAUAUCUUGUUGCCGGGCAGGGCAAAGCCUGAAAAGUUUAACUUCAACUGGGAAAACAGCUAUACCACAAGAACAUCUAAAAUCAAUGAUAUAAACCAGGACGUGAAAGUGACUGCCACAGGAUCAGGAGAAGCAACAGUGACAAUGGUGUCACUGUAUUAUGCUCUACCUAAAGAGAAGGAGAGCGAUUGUCAGAAGUUCAACAUGUCAGUGCAGCUCAUCGAAGACAAAAUGGAUGCAGAUGAGAUGAUAUUCAAACUGAAAAUAGAGGUUUUAUAUAAGGACAAGGAGCAAGAUGCAAGCAUGUCAAUCUUGGAUAUUGGUUUGCUGACUGGCUUCACCGUCAACACUAAUGAUUUGGACUUAUUGUCUAAAGGACGUGCCCGCACUAUUUCAAAAUAUGAGAUGAACACUGUCCUGUCAGAAAGAGGCUCACUGAUCAUCUACCUGGACAAGGUUUCUCACACACGACCAGAGGAGAUCACAUUUAGGGUUACCCAGAAGAUGAAAGUGGGCGUCUUACAGCCAGCCACUGUUUCUGUCUAUGAAUAUUAUGACCAGAGACAUUGUGUGAAAUUCUAUCACCCAGAGAGGAAAGCUGGACAGCUACUGAAGCUCUGCAGAAACGAUGAGUGCACAUGUGCCGAAGAGAACUGCAGUAUGCAGAAGAAAGGAAAGAUCAGCAAUGAUCUGCGCACAGAAAAAUCUUGUGAGACUACUCCUACCAGCAAAAUAGAUUUCGUGUACAAAGUGAGACUGGAGAAAUUCACAGACGGUUUGUCUACUGACAUUUACACAAUGAGGGUAUUGGAAGUGAUCAAAGAAGGAAGUUUCGAUGUAGGUCCCCAGGGGAAAGAGCGCUCAUUCCUGAGUCAUCCACACUGCAGGGAGUCUUUAAAUCUGGGCAAGGACAAAACGUACCUCAUCAUGGGCACGUCAAAAGAUAUUCACAGAGACGAUCAACAUCAAUUAUAUCAGUACGUGCUCGGGGAAAGAACCUGGAUCGAGUACUGGCCCACAAACGCAGAGUGUCAAGUCGAGGAGCAUAGACCAACAUGUUUGGGCUUAGAGGAGAUGGUCCAGCAGUACGAGGUCUUUGGAUGUCAGCAGUAGCGUAACACAAGAGAAAACGCAUUCUUUUUUAAAUCAUUCUUAUUUGCUGCUGUGAGAUGUGAAGGAUUUAAACCUUAAUACCUGCAUUGUGUUGAUUAAAAUGUAAGGAUCUUAA